UUGGAAAACUCGCCUCCCUCUUAAAACACUCUUACUGUGUGUAAAAAGUGUGAGGAUUUGGAGUUAGGAUGUGCACUUUAGAGAAACGCGGCGAUCUCUUCAUCCUUACAAUCACCGGCAACGAUGAGCACCGGCUGAAUCCGACCCUGAUCGACUCCAUUCUGGCCGCACUUAAUCGGGUCAAGUCCGAGUCCGAGUCGAUGGGCUCCACUGCUCUCAUCACAACCGCCGAGGGCAAGUUCUUCUCCAACGGCUACGACCUCUCAUGGGCUCUCUCGGACCCGGACCUUUUUCGGGCGCAAGCACAAGCACGGCCCAAGGUUUUGUCCAAGAAACUCCGGCUUCUGGUGGCGGACCUCAUCUCCCUCCCCAUGCCCACAAUCGCAGCCGUAACCGGCCACGCGUCCGCGGCCGGGUUCAUUUUUGCGCUCAGUCAUGACUACCUCCUCAUGCGGAAGGACAGAGGGGUUCUGUACAUGAGUGAGCUGGACAUUAAGCACAAAAUCCCCCAUUGGUUUAUGUCAAUUGUGAAGAGCAAGAUUGCCUCUCCAAAGGUGCGGAGGGAUGUGGUUUUGCAGGCAGCGAAGAUCUCGGCUGCAACAGGGGUGGAGUGGGGGAUUGUGGAUUCGGCCCACGAGAAUGCUGAGGAGACUGUGGAGGCUGCGGUGAGGCAGGGCAUGGAUUUGGUGAGGAGGAAAUGGGACGGGAAAGUGUAUGCCAAUAACCGAAAGACUGUGCUUGCCGACGUCUUGGCUGUGCUCGGGUCGGAUGAGACGGUGGGGGAUUCUGGCGAUAAUGUGGACGACAGUAAGGCUGUUUCAAGAUUAUGAAUGAAUGGUUCUUCCAUUUGUAUGAAUUAUGUGGAAAUGGAAUUGAGAAUCUGUAUACUUCAUAUGAUACGAAUGUGUUUGCUGGAUUUGUUAGGGUAUGAGAAUUGGCAACAUAUUGUUGGCAGGAAAUAAUUAUAUAUACAUAAUUCUAAAAUGAAGUGUUGAACUGUGAUGUGUGAUCGUAUAUGUAUGAACUUAUGAUAAGCAAUUCUCUUGUUAGAUUUGUAGUCGGGAAAACCAGCAAAAGAGAGUUGUGGAGUAUGCAUUUUGUUUCUUUCACCUCAUGGGCUUAUUUCAUGUGCUCUGUUAUUAGCGGGUUGUGUGUAACGACAAGGCAUAUUUGAAA